CAUUACCCAAACCCCGCAAAAAACUAAAAUCACACAGAGAGAAAAAACGAAAGAGAAAGUGUGAAAUGUAUCACUCUCUUAUCACACACACAUUACUCUCUCAGAUCAGAUCCUAAAAAUUUUUCACACAAACCCAAAACCAAAAAAAAAAAAAAAAACCCUAAAUCUCAAAACAUUUUCUCUCCAAUUUUCCUUCUCUCCAAUCAGAUCCCAAAUUCUUCUCCCUAUACAAUUGGAUCAUAUAUAUAUAUAUAGAGAGAGAGAGAGAGAGAGAGAGAGAGAGAGAGAGUGAUAUAGAUAGAUACGAUUUUGUUGUUAUAUAUACAUAUUUUGUUGUGAAUUUAGGGUUUGGAGGUGGGAAUGGCGAGCAUAAAGGGGGUGAGUAGAUCGGCGUCGGUGGCGUUGGCGCCGGACUCGCCUUACAUGGCGGCGGGGACGAUGGCGGGGGCGGUGGAUCUGUCGUUCAGCUCGUCGGCGAGCCUUGAGUUGUUCAAGCUCGAUUUCCAGUCCGACGAUCACGAGAUGCCGCUCGUCGGAGAGACGCCGAGCUCCGAGCGGUUCAACAGGAUUACGUGGGGGAAGCCUAUCGCCACUGCGGAAAAGUUCUCGCUCGGUCUCGUUGCCGGUGGUUUGGUCGAUGGGACUAUUGAUAUCUGGAACCCUCUCGCUCUGAUCCGGGCUGAAGCAAGUGAAAAUGCUCUCGUUGGGCAUCUUUCAAGGCAUAAAGGGCCAGUACGUGGUCUUGAAUUUAACGCCAUUUCACCAAACUUACUUGCAUCUGGUGCCGAUGAUGGUGAAAUCUGUAUUUGGGAUUUGGCCAACCCUGCAGAACCUUCUCAUUUUCCACCGCUCAGGGGUAGCGGUUCUGCUGCUCAGGGUGAAAUUUCAUUCUUAUCUUGGAAUAGCAAGGUUCAACAUAUAUUGGCAUCCACCUCAUAUAAUGGAACAACGGUGGUUUGGGACCUAAAGAAGCAAAAACCAGUAAUAAGCUUUUCAGAUUCAGUUAGAAGGCGGAGCUCUGUUUUGCAGUGGAAUCCUGAUAUUGCAACUCAGCUUGUUGUUGCAUCAGAUGAAGAUAGUUCACCUUCUGUGAGGUUAUGGGAUAUGCGGAAUAUAAUGACACCGGUUAAAGAGUUCACGGGGCAUACUAAAGGUGUAAUUGCGAUGGCGUGGUGUCCCAUUGACAGUUCUUAUUUGAUUACCUGUGCCAAAGAUAGUCGAACUAUUUGCUGGGAUACCGUUUCUGGAGAGAUUGUUUCUGAACUGCCUACUGGUACCAACUGGAAUUUUGAUGUACACUGGUAUCCAAAGAUACCUGGGGUUAUAUCAGCAUCUUCAUUUGAUGGAAAAAUUGGAAUUUAUAACAUUGAGGGUUGCAGUCGAUAUGGCGUUGGAGAGAAUGAGUUUGGUGCAGCUCCUCUGAGAGCUCCAAAAUGGUAUAAACGUCCUGCUGGGGCAUCUUUUGGCUUUGGUGGCAAGCUUGUAGGGUUUCGCCCUAGGCCCUCUGCUGCAGGUGUUCCAGCUGGUGCUUCAGAGGUUUAUGUCCACACCUUAGUUACUGAAGACAGUUUGGUCAGUCGAUCAUCUGAAUUUGAAGCUGCAAUUCAAAAUGGGGAAAGGUCUUUGUUGAGAGUACUUUGUGAGAAAAAGUCACAAGAGACUGAAUCUGAGGAUGACCGAGAAACAUGGAACUUCUUGAAGGUUAUGUUUGAAGAUGAUGGGACAGCAAGGACAAAGCUGCUCUCCCACCUAGGUUUCAGUGUACCUACUAAAGAAAAAGAUAGUGUCGAAGAUCUUUCCCAGGAAGUAAAAGCACUUGAACUCGACGAUACUGUAACUGAGAAGGUUGGAUAUGGGGGUGAUAAAGAAGUUAACGUUUUCCCUACCGAUAAUGGGGAAGAUUUCUUUAACAAUCUUAGCCCAGCUGGAACACCUGUGUCUACCUCUCGUGGUGAAAACUUUGCUACUGGAGAUACUGCCCCUGAUUCAGAACAAUUGCAACAAGAACCAGAUGGAUUUGAGGAGAGCAUUGACCCAGCAUUUGAUGAUGCUGUCCAAAGUGCUUUAAUUGUUGGAGAUUACAAGGGGGCAGUUGCACAGUGCAUAUCUGCAAAUAAAAUGGCUGAUGCUUUAGUUAUUGCUAAUGUUGGUGGUGCAUCCUUGUGGGAGAGCACACGGGAUCAAUACUUUAAGAUUAGCCGAUCACCAUACCUAAAGGUUGUUUCUGCAAUGGUGAACAAUGAUCUCUUGAGCCUUGUAAAUACAAGGCCCCUGAAAUUCUGGAAAGAAACACUUGCUCUUCUCUGUAGUUUUGCACAGAGAGAGGAAUGGACUAUGCUCUGUGACACACUUGCUUCGAAACUCAUGACCGCUGGUAACACGUUGGCUGCUACUCUUUGUUAUAUAUGUGCGGGAAAUAUUGAUAAAACGGUGGAAAUUUGGUCAAGGAGUCUUAGAACUGAGCACGAAGGGAAAUCCUAUGUUGAGCUUCUUCAGGAUUUGAUGGAAAAGACUAUUGUCCUUGCCUUGGCAACUGGGCAGAAGCAAUUUAGUGCAUCUUUGUGUAAGCUUGUUGAAAAAUAUGCUGAAAUUUUAGCAAGUCAAGGGCUUUUAACAACAGCAAUGGAGUACCUUAAACUUUUGGGCUCUGAUGAAUUGUCACCUGAACUUGUGAUCUUAAGGGAUCGAAUUGCACUCGCUACAGAACCUGAGAAAGAAGCCAGGGCUAUGCCUCUUGAAAACUCUCAAACACAAAGUGCAGCAGUGUAUGGUACUGAUCAAUCCAAUUAUGGCUAUGAUACCUCUCAAACAUAUUAUCAGGAAACUGCGCCAUCACAAAUGCAGCCUAGUGUUCCCAGCAGUCCAUAUGGUGGAAAUUAUCAACCUCCCUCAAGUUCUCCUUAUGGAGCAUACGGAACUCCUGCUCCCUAUCAGCCCCCAAAUAUAUUCCUUCCAUCACAGACACCUUCCCAGCCAAAUUUUGCUGCACCUCCCGCUACUGCGCCUGUUGCGAGGCCCUUUAUUCCCACAACUCCUGCUAUGCUGAAAAAUGCAGGGCAAUAUCAGCAGCCCACAUUGGGUUCUCAGUUGUAUCCUGGAACCGCUAACCCUACUUAUCAACCUGUACCAUCUGGGAAUGUUCCAGCUGCCCCUAUUACAUCACAACCAGGCUCAGUUCCUGGCCAUACAAUGCCACAUGUUGUAGCUCCCACCCCAUCCCUGAAGGGAUUUAUGCCAGUUAAUUCAGCGGUUGUUCAAAGAUCUGGUAUGGGUUCAAUGCAACCACACAGUCCCACUCAGGCAGCAUCAGUGCAACCCACCAUUACACCUGCCGCUCCACCACCUACUGUACAGACAGUUGAUACUUCAAAUGUACCAGUGCACCAAAAAUCUGUCAUCGCAACAUUGACAAGACUUUUCAACGAGACAUCAGAAGCACUGGGAGGUUCACGUGCAAAUCCAGCAAAGAAGCGAGAAAUAGAAGACAAUUCAAGGAAAUUGGGUGCCUUGUUUGCAAAACUCAACAGUGGGGACAUAUCGAAAAAUGCUUCCGAUAAGCUUGUUCAGCUCUGCCAGGCUUUGGAUGGUGGCGAUUUCAGUACUGCUCUUCAAAUCCAGGUACUACUUACGACUAGUGAGUGGGAUGAGUGCAACUUCUGGCUAGCUACACUAAAGCGAAUGAUCAAGACAAGGCAGAAUGUCAGAAUAAAUUAACGAAGGCACGGGGAAUCGUUCUAAGAUCUGUUUCCUGGAUUGGAAUUUUUUCACCUGUGUGGGUAUCUUCUCGGAGAAAUAAUCUUUUCUUCAAUGUACACAAGACUGGCUUCUAUAGAUUGCAGCUGCAGGAAUUUGGUUCUUCACAAUAUAUCGACUGGCUUUCAGUUAAAAGCUAUUUUUGGAAGCUGUUGGUGGAGAUAGUUUUCUUGACAUAAUGGACUGUGGAUGGUUGUUUUUUUUUUUAUUAAUACUUUUAGUGUUGAGAAAUAGUGUUUUUUUUUUUCUCUUGAAUUUUAAAGUUCAUAGAUGGUUUACUUUCCCUUUUUGGCUGUUCAAAAGUCUUAGUGAGCUGCUUUAAGCCGUUUUCUGUUGUCAAAUUACUUAAAUUUUUUUUUUUCCUUUUGGAACUUAGACUGUACCAGCCUUGUGAUUUUAUCAUGAAUAUGAACGCAAAUAUUUGAAUAAUAUAGCAUGAUUCGUUGA